GAAGCGUCCACGUCUCGUGGGUGGAGUAAUUUCCUCUUAUGAACACGUAGACUAAACCAGUGCAGUGGCAAGAUCACACGUCAACUGAUCAUACGGCCUCUCGGAUCUCCGUCGGUUUCGACGCUUCCUCUUCUUUCUUUCUUUAAAAACGUCAAAUUAGUAGUAAAAGAUGGUGGCCAAACAGAGGAUUCGCAUGGCGAAUGAGAAACACAGCAAGAACAUCACUCUAAGAGGCAAUGUGGCCAAAUCCACGAGAGGCACUCAAGAAGAGAAGGGAGUGGUGGGACCGUGGCUUCUUGCCUUGUUCGUCUUUGUAGUAUGUGGAUCAGCAAUAUUCCAGAUCAUUCAGAGCAUCAGGAUGGGAAUGUGAAAUGAAUGGUCAUCAGUUUCUUCUCUUCUCUUGGCUUGCCUGAAGAUCACUUGAUCGUUCCCGCUUUAUUAAUUUAACCUUUAUAUGUCUCAAGCUUUUUCAUCACAACACCACGGUCUCUUGUGCCUUACUCAAAAGCUGGAAGAACGUUAUAUUCCGAAACAUUCCAAUGUGGGACUUCUAUCGAUAUUGCUGCUGAAUCCAUAACCGAGGCAAUAAACCCAAGACUACAAAUGACUUUCAACUUUUUCUGUGGAAAAAACAACAACAACAUAUGGUUGUUUAAAAGAAAUGCUGCAAUGUAUUUUCUGUGUUCUAGGUUUUUGGACCAGUUCAUGUUGAUUAACAUUAUUUGGUACUAUGCACCUUUAUUGGAUUUUCCUCUACAUUUAGAGCUGAAUUUGUGUUCCUUGAUCAUUUGCUCAAGGAAAUGAAGGUCCACAUAUUCAGUUGUGUGUAAAGAACAUGAAAAAUAAUAAAAAAAUACUUCAAAAUCUAAAA